CUCCGUGAGUCAACAGGUCAACAUCCUUCAGUUAUUCUUCUCCAAAACUCUCCAAGGACUUCCGCUCUUUUAUGCGUCAACGGAUCGACGUCCUCUAGUUAUUCCUUUUCCAAAAGUCUCCAAGAUGGCUUCGAAAUUAAGCCCUGAGGAGUCAAUCUCCCUCAUUAAAGCCAACCUCGCCGAAGUCCUCAACCCCGAAAUCAUCGACGAUGUAAUCCUCAAUCAGAAACGCCCGUUGAAGGUCUACUGGGGUACCGCAACGACGGGACGUCCCCAUUGCGGCUACUUUGUCCCCAUGAUGAAGAUCGCAGAGCUCCUGGCUGCUGGCUGCCAUGUCAAGAUCCUCCUCGCAGAUAUUCAUGCCUACCUCGACAACAUGAAAGCCCCUCUCGAACUCGUCGCAUUCCGAGCGAAGUACUACGAGCAAGUUGUCAAGGCCACUUUGCGGGCCGUGGGUGUUGAUAUCAGCCGCUUGGAGUUUGUGCUAGGGAGUUCCUACCAGCUAGAGAAGAAUUACACUAUGGACAGGUUCAAAUUAGAGGGGGUUACGAGGAUUAAUGUUGCAAAGAAGGCUGGUGCGGAAGUGGUGAAGCAGACUGAUGACCCAACACUGGGAGGCUUGAUCUACCCUCUGAUGCAGGCAUUAGACGAGGAGUAUUUGGAUGUGGACGCUCAAUUCGGUGGAGUAGAUCAGCGGAAGAUCUUCACAUUUGCAAUGGAGAACCUACCAACGAUCGGUUACAAGGUCAGGGCGCAUCUGAUGAACACGAUGGUACCCGGAUUAGGAGAGGCUUCAAAGAUGAGUGCGAGUGACCCGGACUCGAAGAUAGAUCUUUUAGAUACACCGGAAGCGGUCGAGAAGAAGCUGAAGAAGGCGAAGUGUGUGCCAAAGGAGGUAGAAGGGAACGGGGUCAUCGCGUUCGUCGAGCAUGUCAUCUUCAGAGCCUUGGCACUGAAAGUUGAUAAGGAGCCGGCUUUCAUCGUACAAAGGAAGGACCAGGAACCAUUAGUCUACACAAGCGUUGCAAAGUUGAAGGAGGAUUAUAUCGCGGAUAUUCUCACGCCGCAAUUACUAAAAGCUGCCUUGACACAGCACCUCAAUGAGCUCCUCAAGCCAAUCCAAGCUGAGUACACAGCGUCUCCAGAAUGGCAAGAAAUCGCACUACAAGCCUAUCCCCCUGAGAAGGCUGCUGUGAAAGUGAAGAAGGUCAAAGACAAGGGAGACCCGGAGAAACGGGCAGCAGCUGCAGCAGCAAGGAAAGCCGCUGCCGCUGCCGCUGUGGUAGCGCAACCAGAUGGACAUGUCGAGGGCAAAGAUGCGCAAAAGGUCAAUGUAGGCCCAAGUACGGACGAAAUGUUGAAAAAAUUAAAUAUCGCAGGUUGAUAGAUGAGAAUCGACGCAAGUACCCAAGAGCCACUGUCCUGAUAAUUGACUAUGUUAUUUGAAAGGAUGGUCAUUAUACUUACCUAACGUAGUUGUCAAUCCUUCAUUCAUAUAUAUACGGGAUAGCAACAGGGAAGAACCGCAGAGAAAGACAUACUAUCCCAGGGGGAUAGUACCGCAUCAAUACUACUCGAUAUCCUCGAAUCUC